AUGGCAGGGGGACGAAGUUCAGGUAGUGGUGGAAAUGAUUUGAAUGAUGUAGUGAGGCAAUUGGCAGCGGUUCCCCAACAAUUGGCAAGGAACUCAACUGGUAACGGGGAUGCUCAAGGGGAGCUCUUUAAAAAGGUGGCGCAAAGCAAGCCACCAACCUAUCAGGGCGAGGCUGAUCCUGUGGUGUUGGAAAAUUGGUUAAGGGAAUUUGAGAAACUGUUUGGAGCGGUGGGAUGCCCUGAAAACUCCAAAGUAGGUUGUGCUAUAUACUAUCUGAGGGGUGAAGCUGACCUUUGGUGGCAACAAAACGAGGCUACCAUUAGAGCAUUACCUAGGUUCAACUGGACCAAAUUCCAAGAAAAAGUGAGAGACAAGUUUUAUCCUAGCUUUUUGCAGAAGCAGAAGGCUGAGGAAUUUUCAAACCUUAGGAUGGAUAAGAUGACAGUUACGGAAUAUUACACCAAGUUUAUUGAGUUGUCCCGUUUUGCUGAAGGAUCCGUCUCUACGGAGAAAGCAAAAGCUAGGAAGUUUGAGAGUGGGUUAACUACUGAUCUACAGUUGAAGCUGUGCGGGCAGGUAUUUGAGACCCUGGAUGAAGUAUAUGGAAGGGUCGCACACCUUUAUGCUCUGGAGGAAAAGAAGAAGAAAGAGUUAGCUGAAAUAGAAGGAAGAGAGAAGAGGAAGGAAGUGGGACAAGUUUCUGGAAACCAACAGGGAAACCAGAAUGGUUUUAAGAAGCAGAACUACCACCAUAACAAUAAUUUCCCCAAUAAUAAUAAUUUCCAGAAUAAUAACCGCCAAGGGGGAUGUAGCAACAAUGGUGGGGCUAGAAACAAUAACUAA